GACGCUCGAUCUCUUUUGGCCGGUCCUUAUACGCUGUUCGCGUAUAGUGUUUGUUGGUGUCGGUACGACAGGUAUCCUAACCUCACAACUGUCAGAUUUUAACAAUUUAUAACUCUCUUAGUAGUGCCGAGCGACAAUUUUAACUUGCAAAUUCGUGUUUUACAGGCAAAAAUACACGAUCCUAUGAAUUUUCAUGAAAAACGGAGAAUGAGAGACUCUCCUUCAGUAUUACCUGGAGACUUUAUCGACAGUGCUUGAAAAUGGGCGUAGCGGAGUAGUUUCAAAAAUAAAAGUGGGCGUAAAGCGCUGGAAACUGCUUAGCGAAAUGGUAAAACGCCGGCGUGGCCGCCCUCAGGUUUCUCUCUGGUUCCAGUAAUUCCAGUGGCUGCUCUCAGGUUAUGUGCCAGGUACGUGUGUACAGGGAAUUGAGCGCGUAAUAAAUCUGCGAUACAACGAUUGCGGCCUGACAAGUCGGCGAAAUGGAGAACAUGAAAUACAUCUACCAUCUGCCGUUCUUGGAACGGCUGGAGUUUUGCAAAAUUAUGAACCAAAACGACAAGUGGGAGGCGUUGGCUGGCGCUAUGCAAUAUGACGUCCUGACAAUACAAAACUUAAGAAAGGAGAAAAAUCCCACGGAUGAACUCUUGACGCUAUGGGGUAAUCUCAAUCAUACGAUAACGGAAUUAUUUGUGUUGUUGUCCAGAAUACAGCACUAUCAGGCAAUGAAACAGCUAUUACCUUUUGUGGAUCGAAAAUUUCACAGGCUUCUGCACAACGGAGAAGCCAACUUGCAACACGUGGCGCGCACGCAGGCGGUCAACAAGAAUACCAAAGAUUUAAAGAUCGGCACGCAGAAUUUUAAUCAAUGCGCACUGCCGCAGCAGAGUGUCAAUAAAGUCUUAAAUCAAAUGGCACAGUUGGGCAUCAGCCCAAGCAACUCCAAUAAUUUAUUAGUAGCUUCGCUGGCAGCUGCCGCUGCUGUUUUCUCACCGUCUCCGCAAAAUACUGGUAGCAAUGAGAAAAAGAUCAAUGAAUCGCCACUGCCAAGAACAGAAUCUACCUUGCCACAGGCAAGCUAUAGCGAACUAGCUAUUGCCACGGAUGGAUGGAAUCAGCACAACGUAUUAGGAAGAGGUGGUUUUGGAACAGUCUACAGAGGCAUAUGGAAAAAUACCGAUGUUGCAAUAAAGAAAAUCCGACAGAAAGGAUCCGACUCGGAUGAAAGUUACAAACUGCAGCUCCAGCAGUCAUUGAAGGAAAUAAAGAUCUUGAAUUCUCGUACCCACGAAAAUAUCUUGCCGCUAUAUGCAUACAGCCUUGGUGGCGAAGCACCGUGCUUGGUCUAUCAGCUCAUGAAGAACGGAUCUUUAGAAGAUAGACUACUAUUAAGGCAAAAGACGAAACCGUUACUGUGGCUGCAAAGACAUGACAUUGCCAAAGGUAUAGCACGCGGAUUGCAAUACUUGCACACCAUCGGGGAAAAACCGUUGAUCCAUGGUGAUAUUAAAAGUGCGAAUAUUUUGUUGGAUAAAAAUUUCGAGCCUAGAAUUGGAGAUUUUGGUUUGGCGCGGGAAGGUCCCGAUAGGGACAGUAUGAAGAUCAGCAGAAUCCAUGGAACUAGACCCUACCUACCGGACGAAUUUUUACGUGACAAAAAAUUGUCUACAAAAAUAGACUCUUACAGUUACGGUAUUGUCUUGUUCGAGAUGGCAACUGGUCUUCGAGCCUACGACGAUUCACGGCCCGAAAACAAAUUACUGGUACAUUUAAUUGAAUCAUCGAAGAACAAUCUGUCGUUAUUGAUAGAUAAAAAGGGAGGUGAAUACAACAAAGAAGUGUCUACAAAUUUACUGUCUAUAGGCAUGUGGUGUGCCAAUGAAUUUGCCCAAAAUCGACCUACAAUGGAAAUUGUAUUUGAAACAUUGAAUAACUUGUGAAAUUUCAUAAGCAUUUGGUUGCAUAUGUUUGAAAUACAAGUUACACACACGCAUGCACACAUGUAGAUAAUAUAUUGUAAAUACUUAUAUCAUUCUUAUCGAACGUAAUUAAAUAAUUUCUAUACAUAUA